GUGCGCGGUUGCUUUGCGCGUGCGCACUGACUCGCGGCGGGGUGCUAUGGUCGCUGGUCCGGGCGGCGCCUGGCAGAGCUGGGGGUGGUUGUCUGGGGUCGUACCACGGUGCUCAUCUCUGGACUGUGGCUGGAAAAGGGCCCAAAUCUAAUACCAAGUCUUGCGGUGUGGCAUUUCCGCACUUUUAUCAAUGAUAUUUAUAACGUGUUACUUCGCUUUUUAACGGAAUUCAUUAUUCUCCUAGUCGCAAAAUCAAAAUUUGUAUCGUUUCAAGCCCGGCUUUCUUCUCUAACCACGGAGAAAAGUCACAAGAGGCCGCUACUCAAAGCCGUAGCCGCCGCACCUGCUAACGCUCACUCCCUUAGCGCAGCCUCCAGGCGUCCCACCCAUAAAGUGAGUGCUGGACGCGCACAGCAGCCCGCCCACUGCUCCCACGUGACAGAACCCGCUGAGGGCGGAAGUGCUCCCUGGCUUCCGGCGGGAGGUGCCGGCCUCGCCCAAGAUGGCGGCGCCCAGGUGUCUCUGAGCGUCCGGACUGUGUUUGUCAACUGGAGGCCGUGGCGGGCGCCGGCUCUCCAUGGCGUUGGGCGGCCGCGGCUGCGUGUUGCUGGCGGCUGGCCGUCUUCAGGCGCGUGGAGUGGGUUUCUGUUGUGCAUCAACUACAGCUGGCCUCAAAUCUGAGAGUGAAAUAGACACAAGGGAGAAUGAGGUUGUUUCCCCAGAGUUCACUAACAGGAACCCUCGGAACCUAGAGCAGUUGGCACUUGCUAGGAAGGAGCGUGGCUGGGAGACAACAUGGCCAAAGCGUGAAUUCUGGCAUAGGUUACGGCUGGAGCGCACACAGCAUUAUGUAGAAGCCUUUGUGGAGCGCAGUAAUGGCGAUGUUGUGUUAUCUGCGUCUACUCGAGAGUGGGCUAUAAAGAGGCACCUCUACAGUCCUAAGGGCGUUACAGCCUGCAGAAACCUUGGCCGCGUUAUGGCACAGCGCUGUUUGGAAGCAGGAAUCAACUUUGUGAACUUUAAAGCUGUUAUUCCUUGGGAAUAUCGUUGUGACUCGAUCCAGGAAUUUGAAAAAGCGAUGACGGAGGGUGGUGUUGUUCUGAGGGAGCCACGGAGAAUCUACCAGUAAAAUGGAGACCAUCAGGACAACUUCCAAGGAACAGCACUCGUUUGGUGAAGUGUGUGUCCAGGCACAGCGAGGGAGUGGAAAUGGAAGGAGCUGGAACAUGGCAUCUAAUAAUAAAAUAUUUGUAAAUAAACAGAA